UGAAUAUCUCUGCUGUGUUAGAUAUAUGUACAGCCUGUACAGGAAUUGUUAUUGCUUUCUGUAGUACAAUGUUGGCAUGAUCACAUCUGUAGCCCUUGACAAACUGUACAAAUGACUUGUAAAAUCUAUGCAGUCAACAUCUUUCAAAUACAGACCAUGCAAUAUUGAAAUAAUGACAUAUUUGUCUGCUCAGUAACACUUUAACAUAUUUGUUUUAUCCACAUACUGUAGAUAAGUCCUUCAUCAUCUGCUGUUGUUCUCAGUGAUAAAGUCAAGUUCCCUUCUUUUCUACGCACUAUCCCUAAUGAUAAUCACCAAACCCUGGCUUUAGCCAAGCUAGUUGGUACAUUUGGAUGGAACUGGGUUGGGAUCAUUUCAGCAGAUGAUGAUUACGGGCACUCUGCUGUUGAACAGUUGAACAUUUUACUUAAACAAGAAGGAGUAUGUAUUGCUUUCACCAAAAUAAUACCUACAAGUGUUGAUUUGCCCAAUUCAUUAAACAAUAUCAUAAAUGAGUUCACCAACUGCUCUACAGAGGUUGUAAUUGUUAUGGCAAAAGCUCCAAUUGUUUCUAAGCUUUUCAAUGAAUGCAUCAAAAUGAAUAUAACUAAAACGUGGAUCGCAAGUGACAUCUGGGCAACAUCAAAUGAAGUGUCAAGUGCUGAAGAAAUUAAAAAAGUUGGAACCGUACUUGGACUUAAUUUCAAAGGAGGCAACGUCCCAGGGUUUGCAGACUAUCUGAAAGAUCUCAAAGCAUCAAAAAAUGGAGAAAUUAACAAGUUCAUUAGAGAGUACAAGAACUUACGUUUUGGGUGCACAGAGGAUUACAUAAAGUAUCUGGAAUGUGUAAAUUCAUCAUCAGAAUAUUGUGUGCUUACUGAUUCGAUAGAAAAGAAAUCUCCCUUGGCAUGUAAAGUGAAGGACGUUUUGGGGGCAAAUGAUGAUUAUUUACUACAGAUUGCUGAAUGGCGAGCAGAAUACAGUACAGCUCUUGCCGUAAAUGCCAUAGCUCAAGCUCUCAAAAACAUUUUGUGCAAAAAGGGCAAAUGUGACAUUGACUGGAAUCUGCCACCAAAUCAGCUACUCAAUGAGCUAAAAACAGGGCAUUAUCAUUUUAAUGAGGAGAAGUUCAACUUUGAUAGCUAUGGUGAUGUGCUAAUAGACUAUGAUAUCAUUUACUGGAAACCUACUGACGACACCAUUGAAUUCCUGACCAUCGGGGCAUAUAAUACUACUGCAGGCAAAGUAAACAUAGAGAGAAAUAAUAUUACAUGGCAUACAAAGGACAACCAGGUACAGUGUAAGAUAUGCCUUUGA